AUGGCUAUGGUGGCAUCCCCCUCCUUCUUGAAGGACAUGCAAGUGAACUGGGGAUCCAUUGCCACUGUGAGUGAAGAAGCAUCGAGGGCCAUGGAGACAGUUCAAGCCAAAGCAAAGCCGCCAGAAGACAUGAUCUCGACCGCGCAGCUCCCUGUGAGUUCUGUGCGCGACGCUGUGAUCCUUUUGCAGAGCCCCGGCAGCGGAGCUGGGCGAGAGAUUGAACCGGACGAGUUGCGGGAGAUUGUGGCGGAGCUGAUAGCCGCAUACAGCGACCCCGAUCUUCAAAGAAAGAUCAGAGAGAUCUACGAGAAGCAGCGAAAAGCACAGCUCCUAGCCACCUCCAGCGGUGCCGCCUCUGAGGACCACAUGGCCGAGCUUCGGGAACUCCUGUGGCCCUGCCAGACGGACAUUGCAGAGGCGUAUGGUCUUCCGGGCACAACGGAAGGACUGCAGCGGAUCCAAAAUUCUGUGCAAAGACGAAUCACCGAAGGUGACAUCGAGAUAAGAUGCCUCGCGGAUGAAGCUCUGAUGCUUAUCGGGAUGAGUCCUCUGCAGAACAUCAUCCAAGAGGUCAAAGCUGAGGAUUUCUUAAAUUGUAUAUAUGGAGCUGCUGGAGACAGCAGCGGCACGGAGAUCGAAGAGUUUUUUCUCAAUCUUCGAUGCGAGACUCCACUGGAGAAAGCAGCCCGGGCGCGCGGGCUUAUGGCAGCCCGGCGUCUGAAGGAGGAGCGGAAUCCGCCAGGUGGCCUCACGUGCGGCUUGUUACGAACCUGGGCAGCGUAUGAAAAGUUGGGCUUGGCCCCGCAGCACAUCAUCAGCACGGAGCCACCACCAGUGGCACGGCUGAAGAACCCCAGUGCGGCCCAGGUUUGGGAGUUUGUUCUUCGAAACCAGCCUGUCAUCAUCGAGGGCGCGUGUGAUCCCAAAGACUUUCCUCCAGCCGCUGACUUCGCGGACUUCGACUACAUGCGAGCCAGAUGUGGCCAUCGCUAUGUCAAAGUGAAAGGGGAUUCAUGCUGGGACAACAAAGGGCGACAGCUCUUCCUCAACGAUCCCACCAUUGAGAUCUCUGUGUCAGACUACCUGGACCUUGUGGAAGUUGCUGAAGAGCAUGAAACCUGUAUCUCCUGGUAUAUGGGCAAGUUGCCGCUGCACACCGACCUCCCAGAGCUUUUUGAGGACAUAAACAGCUCGCCGAAUUCUCCUUGGCGAAAAUUUGGAACCUGCUUCGGCGAGAACAACAAGGGAGUGCACACUUACUUUGGCUGUGGAGGAAACACCACCUGUAUUCACUCUGACCCUUCUGAGAACCUGCUGUAUGUUGUGAUGGGUGAGAAGUUUAUGGACAUUUACCCGCCAUGCGAUGCUGCCUGCAUGCACACAACCGUAAAGAAGUUCCUCAACUCACUCGUGCCACCUUUCAUUGAUCCAAACCAUGUGCCGGAGGAGGUCAAUAAGAACUGGGGCAACUACAAGUACGCGCAACCACAGAAAGUCCACCUCAAAGCAGGGGAUCUGUUUUAUCUGCCGAUCUUUUGGUGGCAUUCUGUCCAAGGCUCCAUCGGAAGGAACAUGAUCCUCAAUUGGUGGUGCCUCCAGCAUCCCUACAAGGAGCACAAGUACACAGGCUAUGAGGGGGCGCGGGAGGUUUUGGAAGUCUUGCAGCACCUGAACGAGGCCUGGUCUGCAAACGAGAAGUCCGCAGCAACCGCUCAGGAGCGUUCAGUUGCCCAAGAGUUGGGCAACGGAGUUCUGUACUCUGACUCCAUGUGCGCCGCAAGCAACAGCUACAAGAAGCUCCAAGCGCCACCUGUUCCGAAAUCCAUUUCGCAGGAGAACCGCGGCAUGAACUCCAUGUCGCUUGGGCCGACCAAGGUUUCUGGAUCUGCGCCUACCAAUGGUUUUAGGUGGAAGUCGUCCCGGUGA